CAUUAUAUACUUUUUGUUAGAAUUCAACUAUCUUGUAAUACAGCCGCAGAUCACAACAUGCAGUACUGGGAUUAUGCAUUCAGCCUCCUCUUCCUUUUGAUUCCUUUAUGCAUUCUCAAAGGUACUUAUGGACUAAUGAUAUACCAGACCCCCCCAUCUAUUUCUGUCAGUGAAGGCGAUACUGUCACAAUGAACUGCACUUUGUCAGAAGAAUCUCUCGGGCCUGUCCGAUGGUACAAGGGGAGCAUUCAGUCUCAGCAGCUCCUGUACUCACAGUCUGAAAGUGAGAAACCAGACCAACGAGUGAGUAAGACUGUAAAGGAAGGCCCUACAAGAAAUACUGAUCAUUCCAUCCAAUUUACAGCUAUACGCUUGGAAGAUGCUGGAGUGUAUUACUGUGUGAAGUUCAAAUCUGACAAGGUAACUGUGGCUGCAAAUGGAUCAGGAACACACCUUUAUGUGAACAGUAAGUAA